AUGGCGGCGCAAAGUGACAAGAGCAACUCGACAUACACACUGACAGAAGUCGCCCAGCACCAGAGCAAGCAAAGUCUCUGGAUCGUCAUAAGAGGCAAAGUGCACGAUGUAACACGCUUCCAAGACGAUCAUCCAGGCGGCGCAGACGUCCUACAAGAUGUAGCAGGAGGUGAUGGCACCGAAGCCUUUGAAUACGCGGGGCACUCGGCGGAUGCCGUCCAAAAGCUCGAGGAGUUGACCGUUGGGGUAUUAGCCGACUCGCAUACAUCGGACGGAACUAGGUUCCAGACUACCCACUCCAUCGGGAAGACCUCAAACGGAACGAGACUCGUAACCGGCAGCGGGCUAAUCGUCAUCAGGUUGGCUGCCACCCUGGGAGCUACGGUCUUUGCCACGGGGUUGCUAUUUGUGGCACUUAGCGCCGAAAAUAUGAAGACGCUGGGAAGAAAAGAUGGGAAAGAGGAGGGGCCGCACAGCCGCACCUCCACCGAGAAAUCUGCUUCGGUCAUGUUUUUCUUGUUUCCAGCACUCGUUCUGGUGCUGUUGCUCAUUUUCGCCUAUCGCUGGAUUGUUCGACGAUUCCCACGUCAGAGGGACGUGUGGGAGUACCCCGCGUAUUUUCCGACGAGGAAGGAUGCUGCAGUCUAG